GUGACAAACAAAGAUUUUGUUGUUUAUGGGUUGUGUUGUGUUGCGUUGUGUUGUGUGUUUGUGUGAGAGUGAGUGAUUGUAGGAAAGUUUUCUUAGUAAGAGUGUGUUAUUAGGAUGGGUGAAGUGAGCACCUUAUACUCCGAUUCUCGAUCUCUUCACUCCACGUAUCUCUGUUAACCUGCGCUCUCUCUGCCAUAUUGGCAGCUCUGAAGAUCAUGAUAACCCUUCAUUUCAUCAUCGCGACAUCUCUUUCACAGUUCCCUCUCUUUCACCGUCACUAUCAUCCUCUCUUGUAUCUUUACACCUCCUCAUCUACCUUUUAAGUAGCAACUGUUUUUCUCUUUUCUUCUUUCUUCUGUGUAGUGGUGAGGUUUUUCUUUUCCUUUCUUUGUGCUUAUGGCGGAGGGUUUUGAGCCCUACCAUGUCCCACAACAAAGCAGAAGAGAUAAACUAAGAAUUGUGGCUCAAAACCAUUCAGGCUGUGUUGAAUCAACGGCUACUCUUCAAGGCUGCACGGGUUUACUCCCUUUGUACGAUCCUUCACUUCUCUCUUCAGAUUUGCUUAACUGUGCCAACUCCAGUGGCCACGACUUCCACCACAACAACAAUCCAAUCUCAGCUUCUGCUGACCCCAUUAAAGCUAACCCAGUUUCUGUUGUUAAAGAAGAAGGUAUGAAUUUAAUGGGUUUUGUUGGUGGGAUCGUUAAUGGCUCUUCUUCUACUUCUACUUCACUCCAUCCUUAUUUGGAUCCUCAGUCUUCUUUGCAUCUCAACCCUAGUUCCAUUCAAGAUAUUAACAAUAGCCCCUUUCUUUACGCCCCACAUAACCUCCAAAACCUUAGAGAUUUUGAUCAGUCCUAUAAUGGUGGUAGUGGUGAAGUUGUUGUCUUUAAACCCGAACCCUUAUCUUUAUCUUUAUCUUCUCACAGUAACAACCAAAACAAUCUUCCUCUAGAGCUAAAUCUUCAAAGAUAUGGGUCCACAAUUUAUGGAGAUAAAGUUACUAGCCCUGGUGGAUAUAUCGCUACAGGAAUUGUUGGCGGUAGUGGCGGUGGCUCCACCUCCAAUGAGCCAUCUAGGAGUUCCGUCCCUCUCGGACCAUUUACGGGUUAUUCUUCGAUUUUGAGAGGAUCUAAAUUCUUAAAACCUGCACAGCAGUUGCUGGAGGAGAUUUGCGAUGUUGGUCAGGCUAUAUACGCCGAAAAAAUGACUGUUCAUUCUUCGUUAAUGGAUCCUCCAUUAGUAAAUUUAAGCUCUAGUGGACUUGUUGAUGAUCCUCUUGGUGUUGGAGAAGGUAGUGAGAACACAAGUAAGAAGUCCAGGCUGCUUUCUAUGCUCGACGAGGUUUACUGGAGAUAUAAGCAAUACUAUCAGCAAAUGCAAGCAGUAGUUGCUUCUUUUGAGUAUGUUGCCGGGCUUGGCAAUGCUGCUCCCUAUGCUAACCUGGCUUUAAAAGCCAUGUCUAAGCAUUUUAGAAGCUUGACAAAUGCAAUUACCAACCAGCUUCAGUUCACAAAUAAGGUUCAAGGUCAAAUAAACCAUGGGAAAGAAGAGGCUGCCACAUUUGGAAGCAGCGAUAGAGGUCUUUAUGGACAUAGAGCUGCACAUAACUCUGGAUUCCUUGAACGGCAACCUGUUUGGCGACCCCAAAGGGGACUUCCUGAGCGUGCUGUGACUGUUCUCCGGGCAUGGUUAUUUGAACACUUCCUACAUCCUUAUCCUACUGAUACGGACAAGAUAAUGUUGGCAAAACAAACUGGUCUAUCUCGGAGCCAGGUUUCUAAUUGGUUUAUCAAUGCUAGAGUUAGGCUUUGGAAGCCAAUGGUUGAAGAGAUACACAUGCUAGAAACCCGGCAAAAUCAGAAAGCUUCCCAUGGAGAGGAAAGAAAUGCCGAUCGCCCAAUGGACCGUUUACCUUCCUCAAACUCUCUUCCAUCUGAAAACCCAUCCACCUCCACCCACAGGUUCCCAGACACGCCAUCCAAACGCACAAGAAACGAAUUUCCUGAUAUUCCGGUAGGUGAGGGACACCCAAACUUGUCUUACGACAGCAUGUCAAGGCAUCCACAUGCUGCUGUUGGUGUGAGCAUGGGAGGUGGCAGUAGUGGUGUUUCCUUAACACUCGGCCUUCAUCAAAAUCAUGGGAUCGGUAUAUCAGAACCCUAUCCUUCUAUGAGUGUUCAGCGAUUUGGGCUUGGCCUUGAGACAACUAAUGAGGGGUAUGUUUUGGGUGGUUAUGAAGCACAGAAUCGCCAUUUUGGAAGGGACGUUGUUGGAGGCCAACUUUUGCAUGAUUUUGUGGGUUGAAUAUAUCUAUCUUCUUCAGGCUAAAAUCUGUCCUGGCAUCAUUUAUAUUGGAAUGACUAACAAAGUUUCUCCUUGGUGUGCUUAUAUUCAAAUCUGAAUUCGAUGCUGAGACAAGCUGGAGUGGUCAAAUGAUUGCACUCUAAGGACAUCAGGCGUGCUAUCACAGUGUACGUCAUCAACCUGUAAAAGGUGCAAAUGACUUAAGUGAUUGGUGUAAAAUUCUUCUGUAAAUUUAUCACCUAUAUGAUAAGAAAUAUGAUACUUUUUUAAGACCAGCAAGCAAGUCAAGGUUAUAGAGCCCUUAGAGUAUUGCUUUCAGCCAGAAUGAAGCCUUGAUAUUGAAAGCCUAGGCUGCCUUAAGUGAAUUAAGCCAGAUUGUACACAAUUCCCGCAGUUUGUGAGGAUUUUUUAGUGAUAUAUACUUGUGACAACUUGAUUCA